UGCACUGAAUCUAACUUGAAGAAAGUUGGCUUCAAGUCUUCCCCUUCUUCUUUUAUUUUCAAAGAGUUUUGACUUAGAAAAUUCCUUAAGAGGUACAUAUAGCACCUUUUUAUGAGUUUUGAUUACAGAUUUUAGGCUUCCUCUUCUGUCUUCUCCUCCUCAUUUCAUGUCGAUGUCGACGAGUGGAAUACAAGGCCAUCAACUUCAAAUCACAGUUGUUGCUUGCUACAAUCUAAGAGAUACAGAAUGGAUCUCCAGGCAAGAUCCUUAUGUAUGCAUUAAAUAUGCUAAUGCCACGUACAGCACCAGGACUUGUGUAGAUGGAAACAGAAACCCAACGUUUGGAGAGACAUUCAACAUUACCCUCGUUGAAGGGUAUCAAAAACUGAGUGUUUCAGUCUGGAACAAGAAUGUGUUGAUGCCAAACUAUCUUAUUGGUACUGGCAAGAUUCCGCUUGACAAUGCUCUUCUCAAUGGACAUGAUGAUACCGCAUGGCCACUGCAAUACAAAAGCCAGAGACAUGCAGGAGAAAUCAGGCUAACAAUGAGAUACCAUGGACCUAAUGUAAGUACAAAUUCAUGCAUCAUCUUGUUAAUUAGUCUCCAGCUUCCAGCAAUACUCAAAUUUAGUGUCGUCCAUCGCGCGCAGGUGGGGUAUCUAAGAAGAUCAGCUUCUUGUUUGCCUUCUCCUGAUUGUGCACCUAAUUUUCGACCUCGUGAUGAAUACCCACCUCCCCCUCAUCCUGCUUCAUAUCCACCUCCCCCUCAUCCUGCUCCAUAUCCACCCCCAGUAUAUCAUCCUCCACCUUCACCAUAUAACAAUCCCGCAGCCUACCGGCCAUCCUCAUCGUAUCCUGAUUAUAUUGCGUCUCAACUUUAUGACUGUGCUUCUUUCCUGAACAUAUUCCAACUUGGGGCUCAGCUUCAUAAAUCUCGAGUUUGA